AUGCCUGCGUUCAAGACCUUGUUUGCUUUCAUCUUUGUUGUCUCGGCGCUUGCCGGACUGGCGUCGGCCGCCCCGGCACCCGCUGUUAAUCAGCUCGCCUGCGAUGGUACCCCGGCGCCGACCCAACCCACAAAGCGAAGUGCCGUUAACCAGCUCGCCUGCGAUGGUACCCCGGCGCCGACCCAACCCACCAAGCGAAGUGCCGUCAAUCAGCUCGCCUGCGAUGGUACCCCGGCGCCGACCCAACCCACAAAGCGAAGUGCCGUCAAUCAGCUCGCCUGCGAUGGUACCCCGGCGCCGACCCAACCCACCAAGCGAAGUGCCGUGAAUCAGCUCGCCUGCGAUGGUACCCCGGCGCCGACCCAACCCACAAAGCGAAGUACAGAUGAGGGUGCAAAUGUUGACAAAGCACCCCAUGCCGUUAAUCAGCUUGCGUGCGGUGACAAGCCUGAGCCUGCAACUGGUAACGCCGGCACCACCACUGGAAACUAG